UCAACAACAAAAACGCUCCAACGCCGACCGCCGGGCCCUCACGUGGCCAUUGCCGGGAGGGACUUCGUCUGGCACGACGGAAGCGCGGAGGACAUCACCUUGAAGGCGAGGAACGAAAGGAUGUGGUUCUGGGAUCUACCGCCGCACUUGAGGAGAGAGGAAGGAGACUUCCCCAACAAUAAAUUUCCCGCAGGACGGGAUGGAGCCAACGCCUACCGGAAAAAAGACGUACGAUGCUCGUUUUGCAAGAGACACGGGAACAACUUCCAGCUGCAACCGUUCGAGAAAGAGCUGUACGAGGAACACCCGGUCACGGCACGCAGGUCAACGGCCGAAGUGGACGCCUACAGAAACGUCAACGGUAUCUCGGUGAAAGGGGAAAACGUCCCGAAGCCCAUCCUUUCCCUGAAAGAGUCUAACUUACCGGAUUUCGUCGUGAAGAGCAUCGACGCCCGGCGCGACCACACUUCGCCCACGUGCAUCGAGGCACACUGCUGGCCCAUCGCACUCAGGUGCCGGGACUUUCUGGGCAUCGCGGAGACGGGACCACACAAGACGCUCGCCUACGUCGUGCCUGCAGUCAUCCACGUCAGCCGGCAACCACCCUUGCAACAGGAAGACGGACCCAUCGCCGUCGUGCUGGCUCCGACACGAGAGCUGGCCAAGCAGAUUCACAGCACGGCGUUAGAAUUGGGUGAGCACGCCGGACUCCGCAGCGUGUGUGUCUCGAAUGGGGAGCCCAAAGAAGGUCAGUGUGAAGAGCUGAAGAAGGGCUGCCACAUCUGCGUGGCCACACCUCGACGACUCAUGGACUUCCUCGAUGAAGACAAGGUGAAUCUGCUGCGCUGCACGUUCCUCGUGCUGGACGAAGCAGACCGCAUGCUGACGAUGGGUUUUAAGCCCCACAUCCUCAAAAUUGCCGAGCUCUGCCGGCCGGAUCACCAGACGAUAAUGUGGGUCACAUCCUCGCACAACGAGCUCAGGCCCUUUGCCGAGAACCUACUCUACAAGUACAUCGAAAUCGAGUUCGGGACGCCGCAGUUAACCACUGAAAACAGCGUGGAGAUGACCGUCGACGUGUGCCAGGAGGAAGAGAAGGAAGCGAAGCUAGCCGAGCUCUUGGACGACGUCCUCAAGGAUAAGUCAAAGAAAGCCGUCGUCUUCACCGACACGAGGAUUAAGGCCGACGAUAUUGCGUGGAAGCUGCGACUCCGGGGCUGGUGUGCGAUCGGACUUCACGGCAAGAGGACGACAGAGGAGCGCGACUGGAUCGUUUCCGUGUUCCAGACUGGACCGUCGAGCGUGCUCGUGACGACCGACACGGUUGCGCAAGACUUAGCCCUUGAGAACGUGUGCCUGGUUGUUAACUACGACUGCCCCGCCUGCUCGGAGGUCUACGUGCGCAGGUCGAGCUGCGUCGCACGCUCAGGUGAACCGGGCGUCGUUCACACGUUCGUCAUCCCGACCCAGCAGCUGUAUGCCACGAACUUGAUAGCAAUUUUGGAGGACGCCAAACAGCCGGUUAGACCAGAGCUCUACGCCAUGGCGAAGAAAGCUCGCUCCAAACGAUGAUGCGUUCGGCACCAGCGGUCGGAGAGGUGCUCCGGGUGACGGUGGACCAUGGAAGGAACUCGCUGUCAUGUGGAGUGCUCUGGAAUUUGCCUGUGUGCGUAACUGAUGCAAGCGGUAGCAGCCUGAUUAACUCUACGCGAAGUAAAAUUUAUAUAGCCGUAUAUAAAUUUAAGUCAAUUAGUUUCAAUUCAA